CUUUCUCUUUCCUCUCACCCAACACACUUCUCUUUUUCUCUCUCUAUUCUUCCAUGGAGGAUCAGGAUUCCAACCACAAGAGGAAGCGAGUUCCCGACCACUCCGACUCGCCCCACUCCAAGAUUCCCCGAGUCGACUCGCUGCCUCACUCCGAGGUUCAACUGCAAGAUCACAUUUUUAACAUACUUGACGACGCCGAUAAUGUGCCCGAGCGUGACUCCGUGCAGGGUCUCGACUCAGUCAUUAAGAGCUUCGAAGAUGAAAUAAAUGCGCCCAGUUCCGAUCCGGCUUCGGAUGACCCGACCCGGGUGGUGGACCCCGGCGAAAUCCAAGCUAACUUGGGGUAUCUUCUGGAGGCUUCGGACGACGAACUGGGGUUGCCGCCGACGGUGAGCGCCGGCGAGGAUCCGGGUCGGGUCGACCCGGAUGUGGUGAAUGGGGCUGUGGGGUUUGAAGAUGAUUUUCCCGGUUAUGAUGCGUUUGGGUUUGGGUUUGGGUUUGGGUUUACGGCGGAGUGUGACGGCGGCGCCGGGGGGGUUGUGACGGUGGAUGGGUUGUUUGACUAUGCGGAGCCGGCGGCGGAUGUUUUGUGGUGGUCGGAGUCGUUGCAGGCUAUGUAGGCGGCAUUUUGCUGUGGGUUUUUGAAACGGUGGAGUAGGGGUGGAAAUGUAAAUCUAGAAAAUAUUGGGGUGAUAGAAGGAGGAACAGAAACUUAGGGGUAGAUGUGAAAAGUUGUAGGGUUAGGAUUUGUUUGUUGUUUUGGUUGGAUUCAAUUGAAGCAAACUGGACUACAUGAUUACCCGUUUCUGUUUUGUUUUGUUGCUUCAUUUUCUUGCAUAGCCGAACGUUUGUUAAUUUUUUUAUUAUUUUUACUUAUUUUAUUUUGAAUUUAUUUUUUGUACAAUACAAACUAGAAAGUCCGUUUUAAUCGA